AUGAAUGAUUCUUCUACCGCCGAUAGGCGUCCGUAUAACGCGGCACCUAUCAUAGGUUCACCUGUAUCAGAUCCGGGCUCACCUGCACUUUCAACCUCUCCGACAAACUAUUUUUUUGAGCGAAGUCAAUCACUAGAUGCGUUGCAACAAGAUUACUUCGGCCACCAUGAGCUGGGCAGAUCACCAUCAACAUUCAGUGAGGUCGAAGUCAUAUUAGACGAUGGUACAACACAGAAAAGAACUGUAUCUUUAUCGACGCAACCAGACGAGGAUAAUGAGCAAUCGCAGACACGGAUACAUCGUGAAGACUAUCCUCAACAAAGUGACGAUGGAACGCAAUCUUCUUCUGCAUCAUCCUCCUCUGAAGAUAAUGAUUCAGAUGAGCCAUUUUUUCCUGCCAAAACAAAUGCAAUGAAUAGGAGCAACGCUUCGUACAAGAGAAAAGCAUAUCAUCUUGUAGAAGACGAUCAUUCUUAUAGCAAUUGGUGGAGUCGUAUGCUUGUUAUUUUACACAAUCUUUUCGCAUUUGAAUUUACACCUCGGCAGCGUCUCGUGCUCAAGUGUAGUUUUGCAUACUUUACGGCUUCACUUUUCACCUUUAUACCCGCUUUGAACGCUUUCAUUGGCAAUAAUCGAACCUCCAGUCACCUUGUUGCAACUGCGACUGUCUUCUUCAAUCCUGCCAAAACUCUCGGUGGCAUGGUCGAAGCAGCCGCUUAUGGGUGGGGUUAUGUUACCUUUGCUGUCUUUAUAUGCUUAGGUUCUAUGAUUACCACUGAUUAUUUCGUAGAUCGAGGAUAUUUCAACGUCGCUCAUUUGAUUUCUCUCCUCUUCUGGCUAUCAGGCGCUACAUUUGUGAUUGCUUUCCUGAAAGCGCACUGGAAUAAACCGCCUGUUGCAACUGCCUCUAGUCUUUGUUUCAUAACCAUAUUUAUUAUUGUUGUUCGCGAAGGUUCUGUGAAUCGAGGUGAUUUUGACACUACACGUAUCCAGCAAAUCACCACAGCUGUGGCCAUGGGCACAGUUAUCACUGUUGCCUCUUGUAUCCUCUUUUGGCCAGUCUCGGCGGCAAAGAAGCUGAAAAAGGAUCUGAAUACUACUCUCAGCUCUUAUAGUGUUUUAUUAAAGUUAUUAACAAAAACCUUCUUGUUAGAUAAUGAUUUACCUGAGUUCAAAGCCAACCGUACUUUACAAUCUGCUAUUGAAUCACAUCAAGCCAGUUUCACCUCUCUUCAAAAGUCAUUAAAGGAAGCCAAAUUGGAAAGGUUUUGGAAUAGUAGCAUCAGAGCCAAAGCCGAUGAGUACGAUCAAGUAAUCCAUAGUAUGCAGCGCUUGGCUCAGCACAUGGGCGGUCUGCGCAGUAGCUGUGGCAUCCAAUUCGAAAUCAUGGGAAGCGAAGCGACAAAGAAGUUUAAAGAAUUGGCACGCGAAAAGAAAAAGAAGAAACAAAGCCAAAUAAAUCUGUUCUCAACGGCAUCCGGGGCAUUUAAUAAUUGGAAUGUACGAGCUGGUUAUCGUCGUCGAAAGCUGCAAGAAGAAAUGCGUCGACAACGAUCGUUUUUCAGUAGGUCUGACGAGCAUUUGAACCAUAUUUUGAAAACGAGAUCCACCACGGCCAUUCCCACUACGUCCUCUUACGCUCGUGGUAAAACUCGACAAAACAACUAUCACGAUGCAGAGGGAGCUUCGUUGGUCAAAUAUAUUCAGACCAUACGACCCUCUGUCAAGUCAUUCGCUUAUACAUGUAAACAGACACUAUAUCACUUACAAAACGAUUUUGCAGCAACUACAUCUGUUAUCGAGAAACUUCUGCCCCGUUGGAGCUGUAAAGGUCAAAGACCGUCAUUGUCAGUGUUAAAAGAUAACUUGGAAAAAGCGAUUAUCUUGUUUGAAAACGCUCAAAAACAGGCAGUUAAAAAACUUUACUUAUCGCGUAUGGACUACAUUUCAUCCAUGCGCAACGCGGACGGCAAACUUCAUAAUCCAGAAUCUGAAGCCAUUGGUUGUGUACUCGGUGAAGAAGUUAUUUUGGUUUAUUUUUUCUUAUUCAACAUGACAGAAUUUGCCAGAGAACUGAUCAGUCUUGUAAGUGCCGUGAAAAAACUCAAUGAGGCAGGACAGAAGAAAGUACAUUUAUGGACCUGGAUGGUCAGUUCCAUCAAAUCAAAAUGGACAUCAAAGAAGUCUCAACAACAAGAGGGCGACGGUGUCCAUAUGAAUGAUAAAAAUAAGAACCAAACGCACCCAAAACGUCAUCGCCACCAUCUCAUGUCUUCUUUUAUACCCAAUGAGCGUAAUAUGAUGAACACUUUACACACACCUUUACCCAAAACAAAUUGGAGAAGAUUCUUUAUUGGUGUUUGGCAAUUAUUUUCUUUAUUCAAACUACAGAAAAUGCGUUACGCUAUCAAAGCCAUGAUAGCCACUAUUAUCUUGGCGAUACCGGCAUUUUAUGAGCCUACGCAAGAUUGGUUUCGUACUUAUCGAAUGGAAUGGGCUUUAAUUACGCUCAUGGUGGUGAUGACCCCUACUGUUGGAGGAACCAAUAUUGUAGCCAUUUAUCGUAUCUUCUCAACCAUUCUUGGCUGUUAUGUUGCCAUGGCAUUUUAUAUGCUAUUCCCUGCCAACAUGUAUGUGCUUCCACUUUUGACAUGGCUCUUUUCGAUACCCAACUUUUAUCUUAUUCUUAAUCAUAAGCAUGGUAAAUUCGGUCAGUUUACGCUGUUGGCUUACAACCUCGUCAUGCUGAACAAAUAUAAUGACCGCGACACAAACGAAGUAGCUGUAUGGCUCCUUGCUACUCAACGUUGUUUCGCUAUUCUGGUCGGCGUUGUGUUCGGGUUAGUUGCAACGGCCUAUGUUUGGCCAUAUGAAGCUCGUACUGAGCUUCGUAAAGGACUUUCUGACUUUUUGUUACGUCUCAGUUGGCUUUACCAAAGAUUGGUUUCUAUCUACGCUGACUAUCCUCUAAACCACAAGAAGAGCAGUGAUGAACCAGGGCAACAACAACAACAACAGAACGUUAUCGACAGCAAUACUCAUGCCUCAGAGACACAACAGGUCGCAGUUGAAGCACAGCGCCGCCUUGCCACUCAAACCUUUAUGGAUUUGGAACUAGGUUUACAACGUACAUUACUCGAUUUGCAAGCGUUACUUUCUCAGACACCCAAUGAGCCACGCCUUAAAGGCCCCUUCCCUGUUGACACAUAUCGUACCAUGCUUUCUUCCUGUCAAAAUAUUUUGGAUCGCUUUUUGUCAAUGCGUACAGUGAUGUUGAAAGAAGCUUGGUAUGAUGAAGUGCAACAUGAUUUCAUGACACCUGUUGCUCAUGAACGUAAAGAAAUGGUUGGUAACGUGCUAUUGUAUCUUUAUUUGCUGGCAUCUGCUUUGAGAUUGAAGACACCUAUGCCUCCUUAUUUCCCACCUGCACGUAAAGCUUGGAAGGCUUUAUUGGAUCAGUUGGUGGAGAUGCCAAUUGCAAAGUCCAAGCGGAUCUUGGAAAAAGAUAAUGCUUAUGUAUUUUACUAUUGUUAUGUAACGUUGAUGGAAGAUAUUAUUCGUGAAUUGGAUAAGGUAAGUUAUAGACACAUGUUAUAUUUUUAA